ACCACAAUUUUACAUUUCUCAUUUUCCCUCUCAUUCUUAGCAUCUUGUAUUGUGCGUGUGUGUGUUUCUGUAUCUGAAUUGAAAUUUGCAGACGUGAAUAAUCUUGGUUCCUGAAGCACCUCCUAUUGCUGUCGCUAAGGAACCAUGGAAAUUGACGCUCAACAUCCGUCUUCCCCUCCAAGGGAAAAUGAGAAUGCAUGCGAGGUUGCUGAUGAAAGUACCGAUGGGCAGUUCAUUGUAGUUGGACAUAAGUUGCUCUAUUCCACUUCCUCCAUCGCACUCUCUGGUGAAGAGUUGAGAGGUUUAGACAUGGAUGCGGAUGCGUUGGAAGGGUGCUCGUCCAGUGGAGAUGAUCAAGAAGAAGUGAGUGUCAUCAAAACACUCGUGUCUGAGGAAGAAGCAGCUAAGGCAGCUGCCAAAUCCGACUCCCAAUGGAAAGGGUUCAUCCGCAAGCUCAAAAAGGGCCCCAGUGUGCAUUUUCAGACCUUUCAUCCUUCCAUACCCCACAUUCUUUCAAUAAAGAAGCUUUCUUCGAGAAAAAGAGCAUCCCGGAGCACUCAUAGUUUGCCAGAACUCAGUACCCAGCUAGAUGGAGACUUGUAUUAUUGCUUCGAAACCUCUUGGAAAUGCUUCACUCUCACAGACCUCAAAGAAGCAACAAACAAUUUUAGCCCAGGAAACUUAAUUGGAGAAGGCGGCUAUUCUGAAGUUUACAAGGGACACUUGAAUGAUGGACAACUAAUAGCAGUUAAGAGGUUGAUUAGGGGAUCACAAGAGGAGAUGACAGCGGAUUACUUAGCAGAGCUUGGCAUUUUAGUUCAUGUCAACCAUCCAAACAUUUCAAGAGUUAUCGGGUAUGGAGUUGAAGGAGGGAUGCACCUUGUUCUUCCAUUAUCCGUUAAUGGGAGCCUGUCAUCUAUGCUAAAAGGUGCAAAGGAGAAUUUGCCGUGGAAUGUCAGAUAUAAUAUUUCCUUAGGCAUUGCUUCUGGUCUUUGUUAUCUUCAUGAGGGGUGCCAACGGAGAAUUAUCCACAGAGAUAUCAAGUCUGCCAACAUUUUGCUAACUGAAGAUCUUCAACCUCAGAUUUCGGAUUUUGGGUUAGCAAAAUGGCUUCCUGAUCAGUGGACUCACCUUGAUGUAUCAAAUGUCGAGGGCACAUUUGGCUAUCUCCCUCCUGAGUUUUUCCUGCAUGGUACAGUUGAUGAGAAAACUGAUGUUUAUGCAUAUGGCGUGCUAUUGCUGGAGCUCAUUAGUGGUCGCCCAGCCAUAGACGACAACAAUAAAAGUGUUGUGAUGUGGGCCAAACCUUUGCUAGUUAACAACGGCAUCGAAGAACUAGCUGAUCCAUCUCUAGAUCGCGAUUACUAUUGGGAGCAGUUGAAUCGAAUGGUUAUGGUUGCCUCAAUAUGCAUUCAUCAAAAUUCGACGGAUAGGCCUCAAAUGAGCCAGGUUGUGAGGAUGUUGAAAGGCGAUGAAGGCAUAUUGCCGAACAAGAAAAGGUUCCAAAAAAGGCCUGCACUGAAGAGGGAAUGCCCGUUGGAGAGGAUUACGGAAGAAGAAAGCAACUCAGGUAAACCUUCGAGCCAUAAAGCCCACCAAAGCGAGCCAUGUUUGGAAGGAGUUGAGGAAAACUUGUAAACAACUGUGUAGUGACGAGAGCUGGCAAUGUAUAGUUCUCCUCCCCAGUUGCUCGACAUACGCUUUUCAUGGGGCGUAGUAUGCUCGUGUUGUUGGUUAUGAGGAAGUAGGUGGUGGCUGAUAGUUCAAACUGAGAGUCGUGACAGUGAAACAGCUUGUGCAUAUGUAGUGUUCCAUUGAAUUAUCAGCAUUUGCAUGUAAUGAAAACAUACCUAGCUAGGUAAUUUUUUUUACUUUUAUGUUUUAAUUCUUGUGUUUAAUUGUUGAUGCAUGCCAAAUUGACAUAUGAGUAUACUAUUUCCACA